AUGUCUGUGUGCUGCCUUAAUAUCAAAACAACUGCUUCUGCAGCUUGGGUUCUUUGGCUUCUUUGGUUCAAUGCACUGCUAUAUGCUCAAGGAUAUGUGAUAGUAAACUCAGUUUCAUGGUCGGUGACCAACGAAGUAGAAGAGGAAUUGGACAGCUCCUCCACUGAGGAUGCCCUGCCAGCACUGCUGGAAGAUACAAUUAGCAUGUGGAAGCAAAGCUACCCAGCUUCUGCUUACAAAGAAGACAGGGAGAUGAAGACCAGACCGGGGCCUGGCACAGCCAAACAGAUUUCUUCACCCUCUAGAAUGUUUUCCUACAGAAGAGAAAAUGAUGCAGACACAGAAAGCCCCCCUACUCCUACUGUAGAUGUCCUUCAACACAAGCUAGCCAAAGAUGCUAGGACGCUAGUCCAUCAAAGCAAGUGGGGAUUCUUGGCUACUGUGUCAACCAUGGAGACGACCAGAGGAUUGCCUUUUGGGCAUGUUUUGUUAACCAGUGAUGGCCCUUUCAAAAACAGUACAGGCAUCCCAUUAUUUUAUGUGACUCCAAAGGCCAGUUUUGUCUCCGAUUUGCUGAAAAAUUCAGUUUCCUCUUUGACAUUUGCAAAUCUGGAUAGUGAUAUAUGCAGAAAGAGCAUCACUGAGCCACAGGAUCCAGUAUGUGCCACACUGACUGUUACAGGCCAGAUAACGGCUGUACCAGUCGAGGAAUCUGACUUUGCCAAGAAAGCAUUAUUCUCCAGGCAUCAAAUAAUGAGGAAGUGGUCUCCGAAUUAUAACUGGUUGUUCCUGAAGAUGAACCCUGAGCAUAUCUACGUUACUAAUUGUUAUGGAGGCACAUUCAAUAUCUCCUUGGACGAUUAUUACAGAUUAAGCCCUUACUAAGCUAUGAGAUGCUCCUCAGCUUCUUUCAGCACAGAAAUACAUUGAUAAUCAGAUACCAGGUGGCAAUUUGUGUUGGGGGAUAUUUACAAUGAACAGACAGUUUUGAGAUUUGCAUUAAGGUUGUUAAAAUCAUACGGUCACUGCCAAAAAUAGCCACAAGCAACCUGGACAGCAAGUUAAAGCUUCAGGCAAAGCAUUGUAGCCUAACACACAACAGUGAUUUUAUUACUACCUUAAUACAUUACAGACUGAGCGCAAUGUAAAAUGCCAAAUUGUGUUUUUUUUUUUAAAAAAGUAUUACCACCUUAAGGACCAGUUAAAAGUGCAAAAUAUCAGCAAAAUCAUCCUGAACAGCAGAAGUAAAAUUUAUAUAAUCAA